AUGAGAAGUAGUCCGAUUUCGAAUAAUGCAUUACCCAAUAUCCACCUGGAAAACUUUGAGGAUCAACGAUUUGAGAAUUGCCGUUAUGUUCUCACCAGUCCCAGAUCACUAGAGGCUUGUGCCAAGUUGAACAUACGACCUGUUGAACUUCUUUACAAAUGUAAGGAGGAAUUUCUUGAGGAAUUUAAAGAUCUACCACCUCAGAAAGUGCUGGAACUCUAUACUAAGCACGAACACAAUCGUAUGCAGAAGCUUGUGAGAGCGCGUGCAGAACGAAAGAAGUUAGCGGACAAUGGGGUUUUUGCAUUACAAACCUCUACUGCUGAUCCCAUACGUGUUGAUGUCGCGGCCAAUUUUCCUACUGGUGGUUUCGAACAAAAAGCUUCAUCACGAGAGAUUAACCGACGAAGCGCCUCUUUAAGGGUUCCCACCAGAAACUCCUCUGCUUCUAGAUCACUCUUUGAGGCAUAUGAGCGGUUGAUGAAAAAGUUGCCCCCCAACGAAGCGAAAAGAUUGAAGCUGGCUCAUAUGCGAUACUUGCAGUACGCCUCGCUCGCUCCACCGCAGGUUACAGGUGGCAGCUUGUCCAUUACCGGAAUGCGGACGGUACCCAUGAGGAAACAAUCAUGUGAACGUCCGGUAGAUAACCACUCUUCGCAAGCUUUAAAGCAGGAUAGGAAUCCGAUCAGACGAUGUACCUCUAAUGUGUCCGUAGUGAAAGACAGUGGAUUCUGGCUCCGCAGGCACAGUGUUGCGAAUGAUCGUGCCGAAGAACUCAACAGGCUCGAGAAUUCAUUGGCUGAACGUCAUCAGAAAGUUGAAGAAUUAUUAGAGAAGAAUAAUGCACAGCGUCGAAACUACUUACAUACUUCUCACCUCGAAAGAGAUAGGCGCCUUCAACAGGCUCAAGAACGCCGAAAGACAUUGGAAUCUAUGCUUGAAAACUAUCGCCGAGAAAUCCAGGAGGCCAGAGAAGUUUCGCAGCAGAAAGCUAAAGAACGUGUCUUACGGAAAUUGAAUGAAGAUAUCCAGCGAAAAACACAAGAGAGGAUACUUCGGGAGCAGCACAUCAGAGAGAAUGCAAGGCAAGUGCAACAAAAGCAAGAAGAGUGGCGCAAAAUGGCCGAAGCAGCACAGAAACAGAAAGACUCCUAUGUACAGAAAUUACUCGAAGAACGAGAGGCUAAAAUACAGCAGUCACGAUGUCUUGCGCAGGCUUCCGAACAACUCCGAGAAGAAAUGUUGCGAAUGUACAAUCUGGACAGCUUUGAUAAAAAGGCCCAACGUGUAGCGAUUCUCAAUGAAAUCGGAUUAGGCAACUCGAACUGA